AAACCCCCAACCAGAUCAACGUUUCAAUUUCUGCGCCACAACUCUGAGCAAUCGAAGACGAAAAUGGAACCUUCACGCUCUGCGAACUCUGGGUCCAAUUCGAAACGAACCUCAAAUUCAUUUACUUCAAACCCUCGGAGUAACAGCAGCAAUCGGAGCAACAAGAAGAGGAAGACGAGUCAGAAGACCCUAGGCAUGGCUUGGGGCGCCAAUUCUCGCUCUGCUUCUCGUCCUGCCUUCAGUAGUUCACCUUUCUCAAAUUUUGGAAGUUACAUGGCCGUGAAGAAUCAGAAGCUUCACGAGCAGUUUGAUGCGGAGGCGUCAAGCACUUCUCAUAGUGGUCCAGUUUCUUCAAAACCUAUAUUUCAUGGCGUUUCCAUUUUUGUUGACGGAUAUACAGUUCCUUCCAGUCAGGAACUUCGAGGAUAUAUGCUGAAGCAUGGAGGCCGUUUUGAAAAUUAUUUUUCUAGGCGUCGUGUUACGCAUAUAAUCUGUAGUAAUCUUCCUGACAGUAAGGUCAAGAAUUUGAGGUCAUUUAGCAGGGGACUUCCAGUAGUCAAACCCACAUGGGUGUUGGAUUCUGUCGCUGCAAAUAAGCUUCUGAAUUGGGUUCCUUAUCAGCUUGAUCAGCUUGCAAGUGAAGUUAAUAACCAGCCUAAGCUAUCUGCUUUCUUUACGAAAAACAUUUCCAUUUCUGAUGAUAUAGCAACAUGUUCAACUGUCCAAGCCACAUCUAGUGUUGAGAGUCCAAUGUCAUAUGCUGGACCAAUAGAAGACCCUAUAUCCUAUCAAGAGUGGCAAUCUGCAGAAGAUCUGAAGCCUUGUGAUCCAGAAACUAACAAUCUAAUGCAAGAGAACUACAAUGUAGCUAGAGUUGAAGAGUCAACUUGUAGCGUGGCAAUGCAGGAACUGAGUGAUGCUGCAAGUGGAGAUGGAAGCCAUGCUCCAUUAUCAGCACCUUCCAGUCCUCACAACUGUGCAUCAGCUUGUAGCGACUGGACGAGUGAUCCUGUUAAUGAGGGCCCAUCAAAUUUAAAGAUUCCUAGGUCUCCUAAUCAGAAACAUUCAACUCUAGUUGAUGCUAAUUUUGUGGAAAAUUACUUUAAGCAUUCUAGGUUGCAUUUCAUUGGCACCUGGAGAAACCGGUAUCGUAAACGAUUUCCUAGCUCUCCUGGUGGAUUUAGAUGCUCAAGUUCAGGCACUAGUUCUUCAGCCACAGCAAAUAAGACGGUCAUUAUUCAUGUGGAUAUGGAUUGCUUUUUUGUGUCUGUGGUCAUUAGAAAUCGCCCUGAGUUGAAGGACAAACCUGUUGCCAUUUGCCAUUCAGAUAAUCCACGUGGAACAGCAGAAAUAUCAUCAGCGAAUUAUCCUGCUAGGAGUCAUGGAGUAAAGGCUGGAAUGUUUGUCAGAGAUGCCAAGUCACGUUGCCCUCACCUUGUCAUUCUUUCUUACGACUUUGAAGCUUAUGAGGAGGUUGCUGAUAGCUUUUAUAACAUCUUGCACAAGUACUGCAACAAAGUGCAGGCCGUAAGUUGUGAUGAAGCAUUUUUAGAUGCCACUGAUUCUGGAGUAGAGGACAUUCAAGCUUUUGUCUCAAUGAUCAGAAAGGAGAUUCUUGAUGCGACAGGCUGUAGUGCUAGUGCUGGUAUUGGUGGGAAUAUGCUUAUGGCACGUCUUGCUACUAGGACUGCAAAACCUGAUGGGCAAUGUUACAUCCCUGCUGAGAUGGUGGAGGAGCACCUGUGUGAACUUCCCGUAAAAUCACUUCCUGGAAUUGGUCAUGUGUUGGAAGAGAAGUUGAACAGGAGACAAAUCACAACUUGCGGGCAGCUGCGUAUGCUUUCCAAGGAAACUCUUCAGAAGGACUUUGGUUAUAAAACUGGAAGUAUGCUAUGGAACUAUAGUAGAGGGAUAGAUGAUCGGUUGGUUGGCAUGAUACAGGAAAGCAAAUCCAUUGGUGCAGACGUUAACUGGGGCGUAAGGUUCAAGGAUCUGAAAGACGUACAUCAUUUUCUUUUAAACCUUUGCAAGGAGGUUUCAUUACGUUUGCAGGGGUGUGGAGUGAAAGGCCGCAAAUUUACCUUGAAGAUAAAAAAAAGGAGGAGUGAUGCAGGGGAGCCAGUAAAGUAUUUGGGCUGUGGCGUUUGUGAUAACUUGAGCCAUUCUGUCACGGUGCCAAUGGCUACGGAUAGUGUUGAUGUGCUUGAGAGAGUCGUUUCACAGCUUUUUAUGACUUCACACAUAGAUGCGGAGGACAUAAGAGGCAUGGGAUUGCAGGUCUCAAAGCUUGAAACUGCGGAUAGUUCCAAGCAAGGGAAAGAGAGAUAUUCCAUCAGAUCUUGGCUCACUGCUGCCUCUGCUAAGACCGGCCACAAAAAAAGGAGUAGUAGUCAUGAGAAAGGUGCUGAUGCAGAUAAUUGUAAAAACGGUGUUGAUGAACGUCAGGCUCAGUUGCACGGUGAUUCAAGUACACCUUUUACUGAAAUGACUACAGCGUCACCCUCUGGUACUGCUGGUUCUGGACAGAGGGGAACUCUUCCUCCCAUGAACGAGCUUGACAUGGGAGUUAUAGAGUCUCUUCCUCCUGAGGUCUUUUCAGAUAUUAAUGACAUGUAUGAUGGAAAAUUGGCUCAUUUUAUUACUGAAAAGAGAAGCAAAGAAAAAGAAAACGUUUCUUUUGCUUGCCCUGCUGCAUCAGGUGAAGCUUUUGCUGCAUGUGAGGAGCAGCAGUAUAAUGAAGAGGAAAUCCAAGUGGUGGUCUCUUAUCCUAAUAAGCUUUUUGUUGAUAUGAAAAGUGAGCCAGUUUCUGAUGUUAGUGUACCAAAUCUGGACUUAAGUAGCGCUCCCGUCUCAGGAGACAACGGUCUAAUGCCCUCUUCUCUAAGUCAAGUAGACACCUCGGUUUUUCAAGAAUUGCCUGAGGACUUGAGGACAGAUAUUCUUGAACUCCUUCCUGCACACAGGAACGCGGAAUCUUCACUUGAUGCAUCGUUGGUAUGUGUUAAUAAUCAGAUCAGUACAGGUCCUUCUAUUUCAAGCAUUGACUUGUGGGUUGGAGAUCCACCAGAAUGGAUUGACAUAUUCAAAGCCAGCAACUGUCAGAUUUUGUGGAUUUUGGCAGAGAUGUAUCAAAGAGCAGGGGCAAAAAAACAGUUAUCUUCUGUAUUGCAAAGGACUAUGUCUCAGAUUUAUAUUGUCCCGGAUGUGGGCACUGAUGGAUGGGCUGAGGCUGUUAAUUGCUUAUGCGAGCUUAUCAAGCAGUAUUUAAAAUUAAAAAUUUCAAAAGAUAUUGAAGAGGUUUACAUUUGUUCUUGCCUUUUAAGAAGGUUGACUGCAAGGUCAAAAAUUUUCGUAGAAGUUUACAACAACUUGCUUCCUCAUUUUCAGCUAUACAUGCAGGAAAGGAUAAAUGUCUUCUGGAUUUUGGCCUUGGAAGAUUUUGUUACAUGAUACUCAUUUCGGUCCCGUUAUGGUUUCUGCUUAUGUGUUACAGUCUGCUAUGGUAUCAAAUUGUAAACUAUUUUCCCUUGUUUAUGACAUGCACCAAAAGAAUGAUAUAGACUUGUUUGCAUUUUUGAAAGGAUUUCUACUAGAUAUUGAUUUGACUAUAUUUCCUUAAAAACUGGGCUGUCCUGAUCUCGUUAACACAUUAAUUGAUCUGGUUUCUUCUAGAUUUCUUUCUAUCGUUCUAAGGUUAGUUUACUCCUUAAUGGUGUAAGAUUCUACUAUGUGGAUGUGUUGUUCAGGGUCUGUGGAGCAUGACUUUAAUGAAUAACUAAGUGCUGUCUUUUGGUUCUCAUGUAAAUAAUUCCAAAACAUGUUUUCUUUUGUAUACAAAAUAAUAAUAUACGAGGGUGAUGGUAUUUCGUAAGCAUAUUGUGUGCGAUGGCAAUCUUACAGUAAUAACCACAUAAUAAUAAUGAUACCUCAUUUACGAAUAUUAGAAAAUGUUAUUAAGGUCUACCCAUCUAGGUUGUUAUAGGGGUCAAAACUUCCCAGCAUAUCUGGUAACUGUGUUGCCACACCUAUCAAAAACUCCAUCAAGUCUGUAAAUGGGAAGUACCUUGUUAGUUGGUCUGCAGACAGAUUUUGCAUGGAAAUUGUUCCCAUGUAUCUUUCAGUUAACAAGCAGUGUCAGAGGUGUUUCUGUUCUUCUUCUUAAGCCUGUAAUGGUCUCACUGUGCGUUAAGUUGUGUCUUCCUUUCCCCUUGUAAUAUAAGGGCGUCAACUUAAGUAGUUUAAAUGCUGCAUUGAUAUUGAUUUUGGGCUAUUCUGGUUGAAGUUGUUCUUUGCAGCAAAAUAGCUUCUUUUGUUCCUCCUUUAAAACUAGCAAGUACAGGGCUGCAGGCUUUUUUGUUGCAAACCAGUUAAACAUAAAUGAUACUGAACUUUCAACUAUCGGUAGAAUCUCUGUUCUGAUAUUGGAAUCAGAAGACUUGCAUAAAAAGGUUAAAAUAUAAAGUGAGGGAAUCUUUCUGAUCGGAGCCUAUUGUUAUAAAAUCUGGAAGAUUGAAAGUGUGGAAUAGCAAUACGAUAAAAUGAGAGUGACAUCUUAAAAAGUCUCUGAAUUUGAAACCAUCGGUUUGAUGCAUCACAUUCUUUUUCACUGGUAAAUUCAGGUUUAGAAUUUGUUUUCACAGUUUUAACAGUGAAUUCGGGAGCUAGCCUGAUAAAGUUUUUGAAACCAUCGGUUUAGAUGCAUCGCAUUCUAUUUCACUAGUAAAUUCAAGUUUAGAUUCUGUUUUAACAGUGAAUUCUUGAGCUAGCCUGAUCAAGUUUUUAUCUCAACUUCUAGGCAUCGGUUAGUGAGAACUAUGGUGGCUGCUUUUGUAUAGCCCCUGUGAUGGAGUGAUGCGUGCAUGCCUUCUUUGCCAAGUAAAAGUCUCAGGUGCUCUACGUCUACAAGUCUGCAUGCUGUUCCCUCACUUGCUCUGCUUGUAAAUUGGAUAUAGUUGCAAAGGACCUCUGGUAUAAGAAGUCACACCUGGUCUAACAGAGGAUCAUGCAAUUUUUUAUCGGCAUAACAUGAAGUUAGUAGAGCCCUGUUAUCUUUGACGUUCUCUCUUCCAAGAUAGUGGCUUCGGUCAUGCAGAGAGUUGAAGUCCUAAUCAUACAGAGUGGGGGUAUAUUGGGGUAUAUUGGGUCCGAAAGACGUCUCCCCAGGUUAAGCUGACCGAGCUGGAUAUCAUGGUAGGUACCUGUGUGCUUUGAGUGUGUUGCUUCCAAUUCUUGUAGGUAUACAUCCCAAUUCUUGUAGGUAUACAUUUGUCUUUCCUCUUUGCUUGAAGUCAAGUGGGGCUUCUUUGGAUGGAUGCCAUAAGGUGGUAUGAAAUGCUUGAAUCUCUAUGCAUUUUGUCACAUGCUACUUUCUGGAGUCCUGUAUGGAAGUUCAACACAUCCUUGAUAUUUGUAAUUUAUCUGACUGAAUAGUGGAACAUGAAUGUUAUUUUUCACUUUCCCAUGGUUGAUGCGAAAGCUUUUGAAAGUUAUCUUUUCCUAGAGGGAAUUCAGUAAAUGGGAAGUGUUAACAACAAUUAAAUAAAUAAAUAAAUAAAAAUUUCCUUCAGCUAGAAGCUUAAGCUUUUAUAUGUUGUGCUCACGCAAUUUAACAUAGUAUCCAAAUAGGCAGAAGCUUUGGAUUUAAGUCUCAUUAUCACCCGUUAACAGACAAGUAUUAGGAAUAAGGGAGUAGGUACAGAAUCAAAUAAAUUAGUACGAUAUCCUCUGUGUUAAACCACACAAAGAGGAUACCAGAGCAUUGUUUGGGACUGCACAGAUAUUUCUCUUAUUUCUCUGUUACAUCAUGUACACGGCUGACUAUUUAUACAUAUAUACAUAGUUGAUGGGCAACCUAGGGAUAUACAUAAGUGGUGUAGUUCCAUAUCAUAAGAAUACAAACUCAAGAAUACUCCUAAUCUAUCCCUUCUCCUUAGUGUUCACAUAUGAUUGUGGCAGAUAAGGAUUUGGUUCAAUACUCUCUUUAAUAAUUUAAAUUUUUAGAUGAGAUGGUCAUGCCUCAUUGCACUAUGAAUGCUGAUUGGAGUGGAGCAGUUUCAGUGGUUGUGGACUGCGCUGAUGCAAUGUUGAUGCAGACAGGUGAUCUUGUAGUCAGUCAUGGUUUUGCACCUUUUUCAAUGGCAUUUUUCAAACAGCGUGCAAUAUAUGUGGGACUGUCGACCCAGUUUAAAGUUGAAAUACGUGGACUGUUGACCCAGUUAAAAGUUGAAAUCGCAGAAUUGGUGUUCAAAAUCUUGCGAUUUGUAAAUUUUUUGCAUAUCUCACUUUCAUGGAUUUGUUAGUCGUAUUGGUUGAAUUUUAGAUUGUGUCUUAACACGUCGUUAAAGCAUUCCUGUCCCAACUCAAACUAUCAAGUAUUGUUAGCGUUUCGUGGUAUUUGAAAACCCCUACCGGCAACGCCAUUUCUGUUUUA